UUGAUACACCUCCGUUAGUUAUGGCUUCUGGUGAUUUUAAUAAUGAUGCACGAUCGGAGAUCGCUGUCGCUUACGAUGCACGUGAUCAUGUGGAUAUCUUUGUUGCGUAUAAUCAUGGUUCUUUUGAAAAUCAAAAAAGGUAUUCAGUUGGCUCUUUUCCACAAUCUGUAUCUAUUGGUGAUGUUAACAACGACACUCGACUAGAUAUUAUUGUCGCCAAUGGGGGUAACAAUAAUGUGAGUAUCCUUCUUGGAUAUGGAAAUGGUUCUUUUGAAAAUCAAACAAAGUAUUCAGCUGGCUAUAAUCCAUCAUUUGUAGCUAUUGGUGAUGUUAACAAUGACACUCGACUAGAUAUCGUUGUCGCCAAUAGGGAGAGCAAUGAUUAA